AUGGAGCGGCGGAAGGGACUUAAGCCUGGUUGUCCAGAUGCAGGGGAGGUUGGAGAAAAGCUCAGUGUCCGCACUGCCAUGGGCGUGGUUGCCCGGGUUUGCUGCUUCGAAGAUGGAAGAUGGCACGAUUCCCCUGCACAGGCUCUCCCUCAUGGUAAGGACAAGUACUCCCGGCUGUAG